AUGGCGUCCGAGGGGGACGGCGCGAGCGGAGCAGCCGCAGGCAUGGAGCCGCUGCAGGGUAGCAGAGCGGGGUGCGCGGACACCGGCAGCGAGAGCGGCUCGGAUAGCACCUCGCUGUCGGGCAGCUCCGAUGAUCUUGAGCCUGAAUGGUUGGAUCGUGUGCAGAAAAAUGGGGAGUUAUUUUAUUUAGAAAUGAGCGAAAGUGAGGAAGAAACUUUACUUCAGAAUGCCUGUCCAGAAAUACCGUCGGUGAAUCAUGUCAGAUUUCGUGAAAAUGAAGCGGAAGUUAUUCAAGAGGGAGCACGGAAAGAAAGAAAGUAUGAACUGAAGAAACUGACAAAAAUAUUAAAGAAGAAGAAUCUUUUACCAAAGCAUUCUAGUAAGAAAGGAAGUGGAAGCUGUAAUGUGCGCUCCAGCGGUCCAACUUCCAUACUGAAACAUAACUCCACUCAGAAAAUGGGUGAAAUACAGCAGAAGUACAAAGACAUAUAUGUUUAUGUAAAUCCCAGAAAACUGUUGGAGAAUGCUGCAGAAGAUGAGCAGCACAGGCUGCUAGAGGCCUUGGUAGGAAUUGUCCAUCAAUCUUCAUGGAGCAGCAGAAGAGCAGAAAAACAAGGCAAGAAGGAUAAGGUUACCAGAGGAGUCAGUGAAGAGAAGCUUGUAGUACACGGCUUGGUGCCAGGCAGUUCAGCAAUGAAAACAGGCCAAAUCUUGAUUGGAGAUGCUCUAGUUGCUGUAAAUGAUGUUGAUGUGAAUUCUGAAAACAUAGAAAGAGUUUUGUCUUGCAUUCCAGGUCCUAUGCAGGUAAAACUCACAUUUGAGACAUCGGCAUUUGAACCUGAAGGAGCCUCUCAGCAGAAGUAUAAGCAGGAACAGUCAAGUAUGAACAACCUGCUCCGGCUUUUGUGGGGGGGAGACAGCAUGGACCUUCAGCAGGCUGUACAGAGCGUUCCUCAUAUUGUUAUGUUCCUCUCACUGAAACUGGACUCUGAAACAUCUACGGAUGAGCAAGAAAUUCUUUAUCAGUACCCCAUAUCAGAAGCAUCCCAAAAACUCAAAAAUGUGAGGGGAAUAUUUCUCACCCUGUGUGAUAUAAUGGAAAGUGUUACUGGUGCCCAGAUUCUCAGUUCCUCCCUUUUCGUAUGUGAAAAACUAGUUCAAGUUGUUUACUGGAAAGAAUGCGACAAGUUGCUUGUGAUUGGCCUUCCUGAAGAAAAUGUGUCACUUACUCAGCUGAGGAAUAUGAUUGAAGAUGUUGUCAGGACCUUAAAAUUUAUGUACAGCUCUUUAGACAGUGCUUUUUGCCAGGUGGAACAUGUUUCUCGUCUGGAUCAUUUUUUCAACCUGUUCUUCCAACGAGCACUUCAGCCUGCAAGACUUAACUCAAAUGCCAGCCCCAGUGUUCAACACUACACUACCUGCAGUGCAUUAUUCUUAGACAGUCUCCCAGGCUUGCGCUGGCUGACUUUGCCUCAGGAAAUCAAGAUGGAAAUUGACACAGCACUGAGUGAUCUUGAAGCAGCUGAUUUUGCUGAACUGUCUGAAGAUUACUACAACAUCAGAAGAUUAUAUAUGAUUAUGGGCUCUUGUCUCUUCUACAAGGGUUACUUGAUUGGCAAUCACUUGCCAAAGGAAGAUCUCAUUGAUAUAGGUUUAUAUAGCCAGCACUAUUGUCUGUUACCCUUGGCAGCAGAACAGAAGAUUGGUCAGUUAGUGAUAUGGCGGGAAGUAUUUCCACAGCAUCAUAUCCAGCCAUGUGAAGUGUCAAAUUUUACAGGAUACACUGAACCCGAAGCAAGAUACUUCUUACUGAUAGUUGGCUUGAGACACUUUAUGCUGUGUGUUCUGCUAGAGGCAGGAGGCUGUGCCUCAAAAGCCAUUGGGAAUCCAGGACCAGACUGUAUAUAUGUAGACCAAGUCAAAGCCACUAUACUUCAGCUGGAAGGUAUAGAUGCCAGCAUUGAGGAGAGGCUAGAUUCUCCUUCUGUUCCACCUUUAUCUUGUGCUGACUGGUUCCUGCCUACAACACGUGACAAGCUGGAGAGCUUAACCACCUCACCUAUCCUAAGUAAGAUACAAAAUGCUUCUAGAACAGAAACUACUCCAGCAAGCAAAAGGACUCUGUUUGGUGACUCUUCCUUAACAACACGUAAGCCAAGUCCUACAAGAAAUAGUGGAGGACCCGACCAUGGUAAUGAAGCUCCUGCAGAAGAUGAAAGCAAUAAUCAACACUCUCCAGCAGAUCAGGUUGCUAGAAAAAAACAUACCCUACCAAAUCCAUUUCAUUUAGGAAACCUUAAGAAGAAUUUGUCAGAGAUGGACAUGGAACUUUUUAAUACUAUCAAGUUGACAUCUGGACCUGAGAAUACCCUCUUUCACUAUCUAUCUUUGGAAACAAUGCAUGGAAUCUUUAUCACUCCAACUCACAAGGAAGUCGCACGGCUCGGGGGCUCCAUCCACCCUCAGUUAAUUGAGAAUUUCCAUCGUUGCUGUCUUUCAAUUCGUUCAGUUUUUCAGCAGUCCAUGGUGAAAGAAAAAAAGAAGAAAGCAGGCAGUAAAGUCUCAGAAUUUAGUAGUACAGAUGAAGACUUAGGUCCUGUAAGAGAACAUGGAGUUUUGUUUGAGUGCUCUCCUGAGAACUGGAAUGAUCAGAAGAAACCACCACCAACACUGAGUUACUGGGUUGUGGGGAGACUCUUCUUGCAUCCAAAACCACAGGAGUUUUAUGUUUGUUUCCAUGACUCAGUUGCAGAAGUUGCUGUUGAGCUGGCCUUCAAGCUGUCCUUUGGCUUAGCUACAUAGAUGAACUUCCUGAAUAUUCAGCCAUCCUUGUUCUCCUCUCUCAAAGCAUUUAAGGGCAGUAAGAAAUGAACUCAGUUGAGAUGCCUGCUGAUGGCAUACCUUUGAAAUGCUUUUAAAACGGUAAAUCUACCUUGUGAUUUGAUACAGGUGAAACUUCAGAGCUGAUUCUAAUGACCUGAUCAGCUGAAUACUUAAAAAAUUCCAGAGCACCGAAAUUUUUGUAUUUAUCUAUUGUCAAAUUAUUUAUCCUAAUUGUAACUUUAUUAUGUGAAAACCUCACAUAAUUAGUACAUUCACUGCUGUUCACUGUCCAGUAUUCAAUGUAAAAUGAUACUCUCAAAUGUAAAAUGAUGUCCUCAAAGUGCUCUGUGAAUAUUUGGCAGUCACCGAUAGGGAAAAGUAAAUUUCCCAAUUAAUGAAAAUUCUGUGCCUCUAAGCACAUGAAAAAUACAGAAAUAUUUUCAGUAGCAUCAUGUUAAUCACAACAAAAAGAAACCUUUUAGAAGAAUAAUGAUGUUUAGCCACCCAAAACUGAUGGUGUAACAUUUUUGCUAGUGCACACUGUUAGACACUUGAGACCUACAGCGACUGAUGUUUUACCUGAUUUCAGGACUUUUAUCAUAAGUAAUGCUUACAUUUGUUAAACAAAAACAGUUAUGAAGGCACAUAAGAGGUGUGCUGAGGGUGAUAUUUUUGUUUAAGACCAAUGCAUGGAUAGCUACUUUUGUAUUAUAUUCAUAAUUUCAUAAUAAAAAAUAUAUAUUUUUAAAA